AUCAUCAACUGAAGUGGGAAGAACAACGAUGAUGCCAGGAAGUGAUAUUACCACAUCUGGAGGUGCAUUCAGAGAGUCAGGAAGAGCUACCACCCAGCCAAGCAGAGGAAGCACAGCUGGAGCAGGAGCCUCUGGGGCCACCUCUGCUGGGAACCAAGCAGGCACAACUGAAGAAUCAUAUGGAGAAACCACUGAAGCAGGCGAAAGCACAACCAGAUUAACCACACCUGUCUCAGGUUCCAUAAGAAGCACCUCUAUCUCAACAAUUCCAUCAGAAAGUUCCACUGUAGGUCCAGAGAACAAAAUUCUACCAGAACUCAUUGAAGUGCCACCAGGACAGGCUAAAGUAACAGAGGCCACGACUACCAGAGGAGGUGCGGGCAUCACUGGAGAUGGAUUCAGAGCAGCAGGUACCACUGUAUCAUCAGAAAGUGAAGUCACUGGGAAGAAAACAGGCACUACUGGGGUAACUCCUGGUACAACUGUUGCGCCAGGCAGUUCCAAAACAGAGGCCACAACUUCCCUUGGGGAAAGUGAAACAACUACAGUUGGAGUAGAGACAGGUACUACUGGUAUAGCCUCUGGAGAAACCCCUGGAUCUGGAAGUUACAUCACAGGUAGCACCACGCUUUCACCUGGAGCCAGCAGCAGCUCACAGAAAACCAAGCCAGGCACCUCUGCCACACCAGGGAGCCCAGGGGCUGGAAGUGAAACAGGUGCUACACAGGGACUCACUAGGACAACCAGUAUAUCUGAAGGUUCCAACACAGAGGCCACAAGGUUAACAGAAAGCAGUGGCACUUCAGGAACUGGAUUCAGAACUGGUACCACUACGCUUUCACCUGGAGCCAGCAGCAGUUCACAGAAAACCAAGCCAGGCACCACUGUCACCCCUGGAAGUUCGGAGACUGGAAGUGAACCAGGUACUACUGGUAUAGUCUCUGGAAAAACUCCGGAACCUGGACCUUACACCACAGAGGCCACGACUUCCAUGGGAGGAAGUGGGACCACCCAAGCAGGACUUCUGGAAGGUACCACAACACUUUCACCUGGAGCCAGCAGCAGUUCACAGAAAACCAAGCCAGGUACUUCUGUCGCACCAGGGAGUCCUGGGACUGGAACUGAAACAGGGGCUACAACAUCAACAGAAGGCAGUGGCACAUCUGAAAGUAGAUUCAGAACUGAGGCCACUACUUCCAUGGAAGGAAGUGGAACAACCCAAGCAGGACUUGUAGGAGGUACCACAACACUUUCACCUGGAGCCAGCAGCAGUUCACAGAAAACCAAACCAGGUACCUCUGUUGUACCAGGGAGUCCUGGGACUGGAACUGAAACAGGUUCUACACAGGAAUUCCCCAGGACAACCAUUAUACCUGGGAGUGCCCACACAGAGGCCACAACGUUAACAGAAGUCAGUGGCACUUCUGGAACUGGAUUCAGAGGUGGCGCCACUGCAUUGCCACCAGGCCAAGCAACUGGGAGUGUGACAGGCACCACUGGGCCCGCUGUUGGCACAACUGUUGCACCUGGCAGUUCCAACACUGAAGCCACAACUUCCACAGGAGGCAGUAAGGCUACCCAGGGAAGAUUGCCAGGAGGCACCUCUGUCACACCAGGGAGUCCAGGGACUGGAAGUGGAACAGGUUCUACACAGGAAUUCCCCAGGACAACCAUUAUACAUGGGAGUUCCCACACAGAGGCCACAACGUUAAGAGAAGGCAGUGGCACUUCUGGAACUGGAUUCAGAGGUGCUGGCACUCCUGAAACAGGAUCCAGACCAGGCGCCACUGCAUUGCCACCAGGCCAAGCAACUGGGAGUGUGACAGGCACCACUGGACCAGCUGUUGCUACAACUGUUGCACCUGGCAGUUCCAACACUGAAUCCACAACAUCCAUAGGAGGCAGUAAGGCUACGCAGGGAAGAUUGCCAGGAGGCACCUCUGUCACACCUGGGAGUCCAGGGACUGGAAGUGAAACAGAAGCCACAACUUCCACAGGAGGCAGUAAGGCUACCCAGGGAAGAUUGCCAGGAGGCACCUCUGCCACAACUGGGAGUCCAGGGACUGGAAGUGGAACAGAGACUACAACAUCAACAGAAGGCCGUGGCACAUCUGGAAGUGGAUUCAGAACUGGUGAGGAAGAGUUUCCGCCAUUGGGGUUUACCAUUAAUGAUGGCUCUUCUUAGCCUGGCUGCUAGGAG